UGCACUGCUGCCUCACACACCGCAGGAGUGCACAGGGAUUCGAGCCGGAGACAGACGACCACCUGCCCAGCAGUGCACACAGAGAGAGGGAGAGAGGGAGAGGAGUGAAUACGUUGGUUUGUAGGCUACAGCUAAGUGCAUGGGCUUGUUGCAGCAGGAAUGUUUUGGUUCAGAAGUGCAGCGUGUCCCACCCUUUACUGCAGAGUUUUCCAGCUCUCCAGAAUGCCUCUCCAGACUGUAUUCUCUAUAGCCAGCAGAGGAAUCUCCCAGGGUGAGAAUGGCAACCACGCCCUGAGAUGGGACCUCAGCCCGGACGAGAUCAAGGCUCACACGGACAACCUGAUCAACAGAACCAAGACGGCCUACGACCACAUCGGCUCCCUAGACGUGGAGACGGUCUCCGUCCAGAACACCCUCCUAACCCUAGCCGACGCCAAGUUCAAUUACGCAGCCUCACGCCAUGUUCUUGAUUUCCCCCAGUUUGUGUCGCCCUGCAAGGAGGUGCGAUCCGCAAGCACAGAGGCGGAGAAAAAGUUGGCUAAGUUUGACGUGGAAAUAAGUAUGAGAGAAGAUGUGUUUCACAGAGUGAUAGCCCUUCAGAAAAAGCUCCAAGGCCACCUAACACCGGAGGAAAACAGAUUUCUACAUCGAAUCGUAACAUUGGGCAAACGAAAUGGACUACAUCUGGCCAAAGAGAUACAAGAGGAAAUCAAGAGGGCGUCCAAACUGAUAAGCGAGCUCUCAAUCGAGUUCAACAGGAACCUCAAUGAGGACACCACGGCCCUCGUCUUCUCCGAGCGCGAGCUGGGGGGGCUGGCCGAAAGCUAUCUGAACGGGCUGGAGAGGACGGAGGACGGGCGGUACCAAGUGACCUUAGAGUACCCUCACUACUACCCUCUGAUGAAGAGAUGCCACAUUCCUGAGACCAGGAGGAGGAUGGAGACGGCGUUCCACAGCAGGUGUAAGGAGGAGAACACAGCCAUCCUGGAGCAGUUGAUGGAGCUGAGGGCAAAGGUCGCCAGCCUACUGGGGUUCAGCAGCCAUGCAGACUAUGUGUUGGAAUUAAACAUGGCCCGGAAUGCCAACCAUGUGUCUGACUUCCUAGAUAAAUUAUACACACGACUAAAACCCAUCGGGGAGAAGGAACGCAAGUACCUGCUGGCGCUGAAGAAGAGGGAGUGCCUGAUGAAGGGCCUCGCCUUCGACGGGCAGGUGAACGCCUGGGACUUGCCCUACUACAUGAACCAGGUGGAGCAGGUCAAGUUCGCCGUCAACAAGGACAAGCUCAUCGAGUACUUCCCCCUGCACACAGUGACCCGCGGGCUGCUGGGCAUCUACCAAGAGCUGCUGGGGCUCACCUUCACCCAGGUGCCCGCGCCCAACGCCUGGCACGAGUCGGUGGACCUGUACGCCGUGCGGGACGCCGCCACCGGGGACGACAUCGGACGCUUCUACCUCGAUUUACAUCCCAGGGAAGGGAAGUACGGGCAUGCGGCGUGCUUCGGGCUGCAGCCCGGCUGCGUGGGACCGGACGGGGAGCGGAGGCUGGCCGUAGCCGCCAUGGUGGCCAACUUCACCAAGCCCAGGAAGGGCUGGCCCUCCCUGCUGCAGCACCACGAGGUGGAGACCUACUUCCACGAGUUCGGCCACGUCAUGCAUGAACUCUGCUCCAAGACGGUGUUCUCGGAGUUCAGCGGGACCCAGGUGGAGACGGACUUCGUGGAGGUCCCGUCCCAGAUGCUGGAGAACUGGGUGUGGGAGGAGCCGUCCCUCAGGAGGAUGUCGGGUCACUACAAGGACGGCAGCCCCAUCCCGGACGCCCUGCUCAGCAAGCUCAUCGCCUCCCGGGUCGCCAACACCGGCAUGAUGAACCUUCGCCAGGUGGUCCUUGGUAAGGUGGAUCAGACACUGCACACCACGGCGUGCGCCGACACGGCCCAGGUGUUCGCCACGCACUCCGAGAGCAUCCUGGGCAUCCCCGCUACGCCAGGGACCAACAUGACGGCCAGCUUCAGCCACCUGGCCGGGGGUUAUGAUGGCCAGUACUACGGCUACCUCUGGAGCGAGGUCUACUCUAUGGACAUCUUCUUCAGUCACUUCAAGAAGGAAGGAAUCAUGAAUCCAAAGGUUGGAAGGGCGUACCGGAAGGCCAUCUUGGAGCCCGGCGGCUCUGUUGACGGGAUGGACAUGCUGACCUGCUUCCUGGGGCGGGAACCUUGUGAAGACGCCUUCUUUCAGUGCAAGGGACUGGUUCAUCCAGCAGGGAAGAAGAGUUAAUCUGGGUCUAAUGUUGGGGCAAAGCCAUGCCAGGGAACCCCCCAGCUAGGACUACGGUGCUCUGCUCAAGGGUUAGACGCUUUUGCCCAGGAGAGCUGAGGGAUCUAACCAGCAACCAUCCGGGAGCCACACGGCUUGCUCAGGCACCUGAACUACUGACCUGAAUGACCAAGUUAUAGAUUGGGUUACCAUUGUAGGUAAUGGUUAAGAAGUACUAUGUACUAAUGUAGAUGAGCUCUGUAUUGUAGACGGUGAAAGGAAUGUUUUUUUUAAGCAGUCCCUUAUCCGUAAACUGGUUUCAGUGUUAGUAGUGUGAUUAAUGUUUGACUUGCAUAUGUUUGUUUAUAUGUUUAUUAUCUGUUUAAUGGAAAUCAAUCAACAAAAUAUAUAAUUUUUGUACUGAACGAUUU